AUGUCUCAUUCCUGGCUCCAGCGGAAGCGCAAAGGCGAGCUGAUCGAGCUUGCACAGCGCGCCAACUUGCCCGAUGCCGAUGCUCUCCUCAAAGAUGACCUCGUCGCCGCGCUCGAAGGCCAUCUCGAGGCGAACGAGACCGUCUACGGGAAGGACCCCGAGUUCAGUGACUUCUACGGAUACGUCCGUAGCGGAUCGCCCGUGAAGCGCGAACGCCCAUCCCCUUCCGAAGGUGCCGCGGUCACGAAGCCGCGCAGGCGCCAAACGCUGGCCAAGACUACGGAUUCUGAGGACUACACGCCCGAGAGGUCUGCCCUCGUUACGCGCACUCCGCGAACCGUGUCCCGAGUAGCUUCGCGCAUGUCCCAGGUCGACAUUCCCGCGUCGCCCGCUCAGCUCGCCGAAGUCGCCGACCAGUCGUUCCAGGCCGCAAAGACGAAAGCUACAGAGCUUUGGCAGAAGACGAAGGUUGACGAGCUGAAGGAAUUCGUGCGGGACAAUGCUAGCUCCGUCGGCGCGAUCCAGACCCUCAUCCUGCUGAUCGAGGCCGUCGGGCUCCAGCUGAAGACGCUCGACACGGUGCCCACUACCGAGUGGACGAAAUCCGUCCCUGUGCUGAACUCGUACAACACGGCUCUGCCGAAUAUGUGGAAGCUCCUGACAAGCGACUGGUGGGCGCCGGCUACCCUGUGGUCGUUGACCAGCUGGGUCCUCCCGCUCAUCUUCUCGUACUUCUUCAACCUGACCCUGCGCUCCAACACGCGUCACAAGUCCUCGAGCCGCCAGUACACGGUCGAUCCGCUUACAUUCAACAUCGUGAAGGCCAUCCUGGCGUACAGCGCCUACUGCGUUUCCACGACGGCCGACGCGGAAAUGGCCGGCAUUCCCGAUGCAACCUUCGCGCAGAAGCUUGGCUGGGGACCGUUCUCCGAAGGAACAGUCUCCGCCGUUCGCACCAAUGUGCCUGGCGGAUAUUACGGCCUCCAAAUUGGUGCCGUCGUUGGCGUGCUGAUCAGCUUGUACGAUGCUGCGUUGAAGAAGUAA